UCCGGGCGGCCAUCUUGGUUGCCGUCAGCGGGCUCCAUCAAACAAACGCCAAGGCUGCUGCCGGUGAAGCGAUGGUGUCUCUCUGGGAGGAGUGGAAGGGAGCCUGAGCUCUGUGGGAGCACAUCAGUGGAGGAAGGAUGCCUGUCGUGUGGCCGACCCUUCUGGAUCUCAGCAGGGAUGAAUGCAAAAGGGUCCUUCGUAAACUGGAAUUGGAGGCCUAUGCCGGGGUUAUCAGUGCCUUGCGAGCACAGGGGGAUCUUACGAAGGAGAAGAAAGACCUCCUUGGAGAACUCUCCAAAGUACUUAGUAUUUCAACUGAAAGGCAUCGAGCUGAAGUGCGGAGGGCAGUCAACGAUGAGCGACUCACGACAAUUGCACAUAAUAUGUCUGGGCCAAACAGCUCUUCUGAAUGGUCUAUCGAAGGACGUCGGCUGGUCCCUCUGAUGCCACGGCUGGUUCCCCAGACAGCUUUCACGGUUACAGCAAACGCGGUUGCCAAUGCAGCUCUCCAACACAAUGCCUCUCUCCCAUCCCCUGCUGAAACAGCAAGCAAGGAAGGUGAGGUGGUGGUUUGCUAUUCCUACACAAGUACCACUUCAACUCCAACGUCCACCCCAGUCCCAAGCGGUAGUGUUGCCACAGUGAAGUCCCCCAGGCCCGCCAGUCCAGCAUCUAAUGUUGUUGUCCUGCCAAGUGGAAGUGCCGUUUACGUCAAAAGCGUGAGCUGCUCAGAUGACGACGAGAAGCCCCGCAAGAGGCGCCGCACCAACUCUUCGAGCUCCUCUCCCGUCCUCCUGAAAGAGGUCCCGAAGGCUGCCACGCCUGUCACCAAGACAAUCACGGUGCCUGUCAGCGGCAGCCCCAAGAUGAGCAGCAUCAUGCAGAGCAUUGCCAAUUCCUUGCCGCCCCACAUGUCCCCUGUGAAGAUCACUUUCACCAAGCCAUCGACACAGACAACCAACACAAGCACCCAGAAGGUAAUCAUUGUAACCACCUCUCCCAGUUCAACCUUUGUCCCCAACAUCCUCUCCAAGUCCCACAACUAUGCUGCCGUCACCAAACUUGUCCCCACGUCUGUCAUCACUUCCACCACCCAGAAGCAGCCCGUGGUCAUAACAGCUUCCCAGUCAUCUCUGGUUAGCAGCAGCACCAAUACCACCACCAGUGCCGCCACCGGGACCUGUUCUACCCCUUCCUCCACUCCCAGCACGGUGGCCGUGACCACUGUGGUAUCUUCAACGCCAUCGGUGGUUAUGUCCACAGUAGCACAGGGUGUCUGCACGUCGGCUAUCAAAGUGGCAUCGGCUCGGCUUCCUUCCCCCAAGAGCCUGGUGGCCACACCAACCCAGAUAUUAGCACAGUUUCCCAGGCAACAGCAGCAGCAGCAAGCACAGCCGCAGCCGUCCCCCAAACAGCAGCUACAGCAGCAGGCUCAGCAGCAGCUACCUCCGGCCUCGCCUGCCGCACAGCCACAGCCCCCGGCCCCUCUGCAGCAGCAGCCGCAGCCACAGCCCUCAACCCCACAGCAGUCUCCCCUCCCACAAGGCAUUAAGCCCACCAUCCAGAUCAAGCAAGAAUCAGGUGUCAAAAUAAUAACCCAGCAAGUUCAGCCCAGCAAAAUCCUGCCCAAGCCCGUCACGGCGACCUUGCCCAGCAGUAGCAAUUCACCUAUUAUGGUGGUGAGCAGUAAUGGGACCAUCAUGACGACCAAACUGGUCACAGCCCCUGCUGGGACCCAGGCAACCUACACUCGUCCAACGGUCAGCCCAUCCAUCGGGACGCGCAUGACAGGCACUCCAGGGGCUGCCACUUAUGUAAAAACUACCAGCGGCAGCAUCAUCACAGUCGUCCCCAAGUCCCUGGCCACAUUGGGGGGCAAAAUAAUCAGUAGCAACAUAGUUUCUGGUAACUCCUUGAUGAAGACCUAUUUUCAACAAAAAGGAACCACAACCAAAAUCACAACCAUCCCUGUGACGUCCAAACCCAACGUGAUAGUCGUGCAGAAGACGACGGGAAAAGGCACCACCAUUCAAGGACUUCCAGGAAAAAACGUGGUCACAACAUUGCUAAAUGCAGGGCGAAUCUCCACACUUUGUUCUCAGGGAGAGAAAACGAUCCAAGCCGUGCCUGCGGGAGCGAAACCAGGCAUCCUCACUGCCAGCAGACCCAUCACCAAAAUGAUCGUCACGCAACCCAAAGGACUUGGGUCUGCCGUCCAGCCGGCCACCAAAAUCAUCCCCACCAAAAUUGUGUAUGGGCAGCAAGGAAAAACACAGGUCCUCAUCAAACCAAAACCGGUGACCUUCCAAGCGACGGUGGUAAGUGAGCAGACGAGGCAGCUGGUCACGGAGACUUUGCAGCAGGCCUCGCGAGUGGUGGAGGCCGGGAACGCUUUAUUGCCGGAGGUGAAAGAAGAGCCCCAGGUGUACACCGACAGCAGUUCUUCCUCGACAGAAUCCUCGCAAGGCUCCCAAGAUUCCCAGCCUGUGGUUCAUGUCAUUGCAUCCCGGAGCCAGGACUGGUCUGAACACGAGAUUGCUGUGGACUCCAGCCCUACCAUAAUUUACCAGGAUGUCUCUGGUGAAUCUCAAUCUGCCACUUCUACAAUCAAAGCAUUGUUGGAACUCCAGCAAACAACAGUGAAGGAGAAAUUGGAGUCGAAGCCCAGGCAACCAACGAUAGACCUGAGCCAGAUGGCAGUCCCCAUCCAGAUGGCCCAGGAGAAGCGCCAUUCUCCGGAGAGCCCGUCCAUUGCUGUGGUGGAGUCAGAACUUGUCGCAGAAUAUAUCACCACUGACUCAGAAGGUCAGCGCUGGGUUUCUUCACAUUCAGAAGAAUAUCUCCAAAAUCACAUAGUGAGCCACCGUGCCCAGCCCCACCAGCAAUCUUCCCAGCCCCAGCGGACUCUGCUGCAGCAUGUGGCCCAGUCUCAGACAGCAACACAGACUUCUGUCGUGGUGAAGUCCAUCCCUGCGUCCUCAACAGGUGCCAUCACCCACAUCAUGCAACAGGCUCUCAGCAGCCACACGGCCUUCACCAAGCAUAGCGAGCAGCUCGGCACGGAGGAAGGCGAGGUGGAAGAGAUGGACACCCUGGACCCUCAGACGGGCCUCUUCUACCGCUCCGCCUUGACGCAGGUGCAGAAGCAGCAGAAGCUGAGCCAGCCCCAGCUUGAGCAGACCCAGCUCCAGGUCAAGACCCUGCAGUGCUUCCAGGCCAAGCAGAAGCAGACCAUCCACCUCCAGGCUGACCAGCUCCCUCACAAACUGCCCCAGAUGCCCCAGCUCUCCAUCCGGCACCAGAAGCUGGCUCCGGUGCAGCAAGACGUCACGCAGCCCAAGAUGGACACCCAGCAGCCAACCCACCACUCGAUCGUCCGGGAGAGGCAGUUGCCCACCUUGGUGGCCCAGCCCCAGCAGACUGUGGUCCAGGUGCUGGCGGUCAAAACCACCCAGCAGCUGCCCAAGCUCCAGCAGGCACCCACGGCACAAAAAAUCUACGUCCAGCCCCAGAGCCAAAUGCAGCUCCCUGCCGCUCCCGAGAAGCAGCCGGCCAGCCAGGUGCACCAGCCUAUAAUAACUCAAGGAUCCUCUGUUACAAAGAUAACUUUUGAAGGGCACCAGCCGCCUACAGUGUCCAAAGUGGCCAGUGUCGGUUCAGUGCCCAAGUUGGCGCCACCGCUCCCGAACCUAUUUCCCGCCCAGGUGCCUGCGAAGACAGCUAUGGCAGACAUAUUGAAAAUGUCCAUGAUGGAGGCACAGAUUGACCCGAGUGUGGAGCGCGUGAUCGUGGAGCCUGCCAGCAGCAAAGCCUCUCCGUGCGGGACCCUGUCGAGUGAAGUCGAACCGUCAACCACCUCGGUGCUGAGGGUGGCCACCAUAGGGACCGCCUCGGCCAUGGCAGCGUCCGUCCUCCAGCAGGUGAAACGCUUGGACUCGGCCUCGAGUCCUCCAGGCGUGGGGCCCACUUUGCAGGAGAGGAAGCAGAUCGUCCCACCUCCAACCAGCCAGUUCAUUCGCAUCCAGAACAUUGCCCCAAAGAAAGCGGAGGAGAUGCCUGCGGAGAUCCUAAUCCAGACAAUCCCCCAGUACUCUGUGGCGUGCCAUUCCACCUCCAACGUGGUGGUGGAACCCAGCGGUCUCCUGGAGCUCAACAACUUCACCAGCCAACGCCUCGACGACGAGGAGACGGUGAUGGAGCAGGACAUUGACAGCGGCAAUGAGGACGGGAUGGAGCCCAGCCCCACGCAGACUCUGGACCCGUCGUAGCACAUACCCAGAGUGCCGGGGCGCACUUUACGGACACACGCACACAGGAGUAGCAACGUCUUGGCCCUUUGCGCCCAAGACACAACCUUGUAUUAUUCUUCAAAAGCACUUUGCGGAUCAGUGGUGUUUGGACACACCAGGUGCCAACGCAUCGUCGGCAAGACAGGGAUCACAAAACGGUUUGUUUCCGAGCAAGGCAACCUUGCCGUUGUAGAGUACGCUUAUGACGAGAGAAUGUAUAUUUCUAAGCCGAGAAGACAAAGAACGUGCUUUUCUUUCCCUUAAAGGUAUAUUGAAGUUUUUUCAUGUCAUUCUGAACCAGUUACUGAAGUUUUCUUGGUGUAUGCCACCCCCGUUCCAAAAGAGAGAAAAAUAACUGUUUGCAGUGGAAGAAUUCUUCUCAAAGAGACUUUUUGUCAGGUCUCUUUGGGGAAAAAUAACCCAUAAUACCUGCGUUUCUUUGCUGCCUACGUACCUUAAAGGAGGGAGCGUUCCUGCUUUUCUGUACCGAUGCACCGUUUUAUGUUCACUUGUUUGAAAAGGGUUAGCUUUUUGGAAAAAAGGAAUGAUCUUGCCUCCAGGAUGAGGGGGAAGUGCGUGACUUCAGAGAUAUUUUUCUCCUUCUCACAGACAUACCCCUGAAAAAUGUCUACCUACUCCCUUGCUGACAAAGUUUUAUUUAUUGAGAUGUUAAGGGGGGGUUCCAGUUCCCGUGAAAGAAAACCCAGUAACCUUAAAGACUUGUAUGUAAAGCAAAUGGUUUUGUCUUUAAGCUGCGAAAUGAGAGCAACGGAUCUUGACCGAAAACACAGUUGUUCCAAACGAGGGCAUUGAAAAUCCAAGAGGCGGUUGGAGACACUGAGAGAUGUGUUUUGUUCUUAACAUGCAUUUUUUUUUUUUGGUUUUUAAAGGAACUUUACUUAAUGACUCUAUAGAGGACUUUUUAAAAAAAAGAUGUAGAAGCUGCCCUUUUUAUAGAUAGUUUUCUUCUGUUUUUGAAGUGAUCUUGCUCAGCCUUAUUGUUUUGGUUUGCACAAGUGAGACGGCGGGGAUCUUUUGCGAUGGCUAGAGAGCGGCCAGAUGAGACAAAAAAACCCCUCUUGGUGACAAAAAGACUUUGAGGUUCUUUUUAUAAAAGAAAAAAAAAGAAUAUUGUACAUAGGAACCGAGUUUUUAAACUUUUUUGUAUAGAUUUCAUUAUACAUAAACAUUUUAAGAUUUUUUGACAUAUCCUGUAUAUACACACACUUCCCUGUUGAACUGGCUGCGUUUGUUUUUGGAUUUUACGUUUUUGAGGGGAGGGGGGUUGUUUUGCGGAAAUACUCCUCUGAAGGAGAACUUCUCUGAAAGCUCUAAUACCGUUUGUGUCAAUAUUUUUUAAAUUGUGAUUUUAGAGUUUUGUAAUUAAACAGCCUCUAGAGAACAUGCCGGGAGCUGAAAUGCAACACCAAAAAUACUUUGUCGUCCUUUAAAAUAUUCGAUGUGUAGCAUUUGGCUGUCCUGUAGAUGGCAGUGUCAGCCAUUCUUUAACAUCUGUUGGUUGUUCUGUUCCUUUAUAAAACAAGCCUUACAGACUUCC